CACUACUAAACGUAAGCCCAAAUGCAAAGCAGUGACUUCAUUGUUUUCUUCUUCCUGUAUUGAUGUUGGUUUAUUGACUUUCUGAACCACCAAAGAAUUAUAAGAGCAUGAACUCAGGUUUUUUUUUUUAUUAACUGCAAAACAAUUUCAUUCAUGGAAAUCUCAGUUUAUUUGCUUGUUGUUACUUUCCUCCAAAUAUUCCUUCUUUCUCCAUGCACUGCCGCUGAUACUCUCAGGGAAGGUGAUUCGCUGCAUGUUCAGAAACCAGCGGAUGUUCUGGCUUCUGAAAAUGGAGUCUUUAAUGCAGGGUUUUACAAAGUUGGAGAAAAUGCUUUCUGCUUCGCCGUAUGGUUCAAUGUUUCAUCCGAUCCCAAUCGCACUGUUGUUUGGAUGGCCAACCGAGACCAACCCGUGAACGGUAAAGGCUCAAAGCUUUCCCUCUUGAGAAACGGAGGGUUUAUCUUGACCGACGCCGGUGGAAAAACAGAGUGGAAUGUAGACUCUCUUUCAUCUCACUCCGUUCAACUAAAGCUUUUCAACAAUGGCAAUCUUGUUCUUCAAACUCUGGAUGGUAAAUCCACCUUCUGGGAAAGCUUUAAGUUCCCUACAGAUACACUUCUUCCUAAUCAGGAAUUCACCAAAGACACUAAUCUUAUCUCCUCAAGAAGCCGGUCCAACUAUUCUUCUGGUAAUUAUAAGUUCUACUUCGACAACAAUAAUCUUCUCGCCCUUCUUUACCAAGUGCCAGACAUUACCAGUGUCUACUGGCCGCCGCCGUUUCUCCUUCCUUGGCAAAGUGGGAGGUCUACAUAUAACAGCAGCAGAGUUGCAAUAUUUGAUUCUUCGGGUAACUUCAGGUCAUCAGAUGAAUUGUGGUUUCAGGCAGUGGACUCCGGUGCAGGUCCAUUGAGAAGAUUAACUCUUGAUCCUGACGGUAAUUUAAGGUUAUACAGUCUGGAAGAGACAGCUGGGACUUGGGUUGUUUCUUGGGAAGCCUUUGGAGAACCUUGCAAGAUUCAUGGCAUCUGUGGACAGAACAGCCUGUGCAAGUAUGAUCGUAUUCGGGGCACGACAUGUUCCUGCUUACCAGGAUUCAGGAUUAAGAAUUCCCAGGAUUGGUCUCAAGGCUGUGUACCAGAAUUCAAAGAUUCUUGCAACAAAAGUGAUCUUGGAUUUGUCAAACUUACUCAUGUUGAAUUCUAUGGCUUCGACAAAGAUUACAUCGUCAGUAGUACCUUGAAAAGCUGUGAAGAAAACUGCUUCAAAUCGUGCGAGUGCAAAGGAUUCCAGUUUAAAUCGGACCGUAAUUGUUACUUCAAGAUGUUGUUGCUUAAUGGAUAUCGUUCACCUUCAUUUGAGGGGGAUCUUUACUUGAAAUUACCCAAGUCCAGUAUUAAAUCUGGAGAAAAUCUGUAUGAGGAUUCAAGGUUGGCUUGUGUCGACAACCCAGAAGUUGUUACGCUGAAUAGAACAUAUUCAAAAGGCAAACAAAAUGGAUCCUUGAAGUUUUUGGUUUGGUUCUCCAUUGUGGUGGGAGUUGUGGAGUUCAUAUUCAUUUUCUUGGUUUGGUGUAUUUUGUUUAGAAGUAAUGAAGAUAACAAAGCAACAGUGCCGGUAUACACACAGGUUGCAACUGGAUUCAGAAGAUACAGUUAUUCCGAGCUUAAAAAGGCAACCAAUGGUUUUAGUGAAGAAAUAGGAAGAGGUGGUGCCGGAAUUGUGUACAAAGGAGAGUUGCCUGAUCAUCGCGUUGCUGCAAUCAAGAGCCUUCAUGAAGCUGGCCAAGGAGAAGCAGAGUUCCUCACAGAAGUAUGUACAAUUUCAGGGCUUAAUCAUAUGAACUUGAUGGAAAUGUGGGGGUAUUGUGUAGAAGGAAAGCACAGGCUUUUGGUUUAUGAGUACGUUGAACAUGGUUCUUUAGCAGAUAAUCUUUCAAAGAAUGCACUUAAUUGGGCAAAGAGGUUCGAAAUUGCUGUCAGCACUGCAAAAGGUUUGGCUUAUUUGCAUGAGGAGUGCUUGGAUUGGAUUCUACACUGUGAUAUUAAGCCACAGAACAUACUCUUGGAUUCCAAUUUCCAACCAAAGGUGGCAGAUUUUGGCCUUUCUAAGCUGCUAAAUCGAGGAAGUCUCAAUGGCUCAGGUUUCUCGAGGAUAAGAGGAACAAGAGGCUACAUGGCUCCUGAGUGGGUUUACAAUCUUCCAAUAACCUCCAAAGUUGAUGUUUAUAGCUAUGGAAUUGUGGAAGGAGGUGACAUGUUGGAACCAGUUUACAAUGUUUAUUGUGAUGAAAUUGAAGAAGUGGACUUUCUUUCAAUUCAUGAAGAAUCUUUAAUGAUUCAAGGAAUGAUGGCAAUAACUAAGGAAGAAGGACAAGAUGGGAGGAGUCAUUCUUUAAGGGAAGACGAUCAAGAAAAAAAAUCUCUAGCUAAGGGCAAGAUAAUUGGUUACGCAUCUGCUGAGAAAUUUGAAGUUAAAAGACAAGAGGCAAGAGUCAUAUAUGUUGUUCUAAAUAAGCUAUUGAGAGAAGAACAAAAAGGAGAAAAUUUUAUGCAACCUAAUAAAAAUUUGCAGCUAUUAGAAGAGAUUGAAGGGUCAUAAAAUAAGGAACUACCAAAAGGGAUGCUUCCAAUGUGGAAUUUUCAACACGCUUUUGAUUUUAUUACUAAUUUGCCUACCUACAAGUUUGACUUACACAAAAAAAUGGCAGACUUUUUUCUUUGUCCUAAUUUCAGAUGCCACACAAGUUGUUGAUUUAUUUUUGGAAGAAGUGGUGAGACUACAACAUAUUCCAACAUCCAUUGUUUGUUAUAGGGGUGUAAAGUUGAAGGGACAUUUUUGGAGGACUUCACAGGAGAAAACUGCUCCAAAUAAAUAUACAUUUGACAG